AUGUUACCUUUAUCCGUGAAGGACGACGAGUAUAAACCCGCCAAGUUCAGUUUGGUGCUCAAACUGUCAGGAUGGAUCAGGUCCAUUUUGGCCGACAGAACGUCCCGAAAUUUAUUUUUCUUCCUGUGUUUGAACCUUUCCUUCGCCUUUGUGGAGCUAAGCUACGGCAUCUGGAGCAACAGUCUAGGCUUGAUCUCGGACUCGUUCCACAUGUUCUUCGACUGCACGGCGCUACUGGCGGGCCUGGCGGCGUCGGUCAUCUCCAGGUGGCGCUCCAACGACAGCUUCUCGUACGGGUACGUCCGAGCCGAGGUCAUCGGCGGAUUUGUCAACGGGCUCUUCCUCGUCUUCACCGCUUUCUUCAUCUUCUCCGAAGGCGUGGAGAGGGCUUUGGAACCUCCGGACGUUCACCACGAGCGCCUCCUUCCGGUCUCUGUCGCCGGCCUGCUGGUCAACCUGGUGGGGAUCUUUGUUUUCCAACACGGAGGCGGACACGGACACUCGCACGGAGAGCAAGGUCACGGCCACAGCCAUUCGCUGUUUAACGGUACGCCGGGCCACUCUCACUCCCACCACGGAGGCCACUCCCACCACGGAGGCCACUCCCACCACGGGGGCCACUCCCACCACGGGGGCCACGAAGACCACGCUCAUCACGGACACGGUCACGACAGUCCGGACGGUGAGGCGGCGCGACCGCUAUACGAGCGGCGGCCGGGUUCCGGUAAACAGAUCCUUCAGGGCGUGCUGCUGCACAUCGUGGCCGACACUCUGGGCAGCGUGGGCGUGAUCGUUUCGGCUCUCCUGAUGCAAAACUACGACCUGAUGAUCGCCGAUCCCGUUUGCUCCAUGCUCAUCGCCGUCCUCAUCGGCGUCAGCGUGGUUCCUCUGCUGCGAGAGUCCAUCGGGAUAUUGAUGCAGAGAACGCCACCCUCCCUGGACCACGCUCUCCCCGAGUGCUACCAGAGGGUGCAGCAGCUUCAAGGCGUGUACAGCGUGCAGCAUCCCCACUUCUGGACUUUGUGUACCGACGUGUACGUGGGAACCCUCAAAGUGGCGGUGGCCCCCGACGCCGACGCCCGCUGGAUACUCAGUCAGACGCACAACAUCUUCACGCAGGCGGGCGUUCGCCAGCUCUACGUUCAAAUCGACGCGGCCGCCAUGUAG